CUCAGCGACCGUUGACGUAGUAUGGCGGCCUGACGGCAUGAAGCUUUUCCCUGCCGCCGUCCCGACCCCUCUCACGGACACCAUGUUAUAAUGACAGCAGCCCGGGACUCACCAGCUGCAUUUCGCAUUUUUUGUUUGUUUUUGUUUUUGUUUUUGUUUUUGUUUUAAUCUCAAAAAAAGAAACUUAAAUGUGCCAGCGCUUUAACGUUAGCGUUUCCCUCAGUUCUCGACAAUGCCUCCAACGGCCGUAACGUACGGUUGGUCCAAGUUGCCUAGCCGUUAGCCGUUAGUCGUUAGCCGUUAGCUUCCCAGUUAAGUUAGCCCAAAAAAUCCAAGCGUUUGUAGCACACAAGCUAGCUAAUGUCUCGUGCGAUCGGUAGCGUUCAACGGCUGUCAGCAUCAUCACCACGACAACGGGGCUCCUUCCCACCCGGCUGGCUGAUGGACGGGUGAGGGGGACGAUGCUCACAUUCCUCCAUAUCCUUUUAACAGGCCUGUUUGGUGUUCUGUGGGAUGGAGUUGCUGCGUUUGGUGGAGUCAGGCUAGUGGACGGUGAGAACAAGUGUUCUGGCAGAGUGGAGGUGCUCCGCCAUGACCAGUGGGGGACUGUCUGCGACCACGGCUGGGACCUCCGGGAGGCCGAUGUGGUGUGCCUGGAGCUGGGCUGUGGCUUAGCUGAAUCUGCCCUUCAUGGUGCAGUAUUUGGUGCAGGCGAGGGAGAGAUCUGGCUGCGGCAUGUCCAGUGCUCUGGACACGAGUCCAGUUUGACCCGCUGUGCUGUCGUCCUGCACACUAACACCUACUGCACCCACGAGAAUGACGCAGGGGUGAAAUGCUCAGGUACCCUUUUGAUGCCCACCCUCAACCUGCUUUCGCCUCACACUGUGUUCUGUCCCGGGGAGGCUGUUCGCUUCAGCUGCAGUGUUCUGCUGGGUCACCACCUCAGUGACUUCCACCUGUACAAGCAUGGAGUGUCCACACCACUGGUUACGCAGAGGGCGGACCAGACCCAGACCAGAGUGGAGCUGACACUGUCCGACAUAGAGACCUUCCACCAGGGCAGCUACAGUUGUCGGUACAGGAUCAAGGGCGGCUUCCCUUCUCAGCUGCUCAGCUCUCCACCCAGCAACUCCAUCAACAUCACUGUUGUGGAGCUCCUGACCCCCCACCACUGGUACAACACGUCCACUGAGGCCCCGGCUGGUUCCGUCCUUAAAGGCCACAGUUUUAACAUCACCUGCUCCACCCCGCAGCAGUACCCUGGAGGUUCCUUCCAGCUGCGUCUGAUCCGCUCCAACGGCACAGUGCGCCAGUCCCUGCCUGCCCUAACCCCGUCCGUCACGUUCACAUUUCCCAACGCCCAGAGCUCCAACGAGGGCUAUUACUACUGCCUGUAUCGGGUCCAGCUGGGGGGACGCACCUUCGUGUCCAGAGAAAGCCAGCCCCUGCCUAUAGCCAUCAGAGACCCAGAUCCAGUCCUCAGUCCAAUGGUGAUCAGCUGGCUUGUGUCUGGCCUAACAUUUGUUGUAGCCGUCAUCGUUAUAGUCAUUGUGGCCAAGGUGCUGUGUAACAAGGAGAAGAAGCCCUCUGAACUGGAGCGAGAGACCAGAACCUGUGUGGACAACACUUAUGUUGCCUUAUCAAUUAACAAGCUAUGACGGGGGUAUGCAGGCAGCUGAUUACUACAGG